AUGCACGUCCCUUUCGCUGCAGCAGUUAUUCUCCUUGUCGGCUCAGCCGCCGCUAAAGGCGUAGUCUACGACUGUGAAAAGACACCGCAAAUUUGUCUCAAUACCUGCUGGGCAAUCAAAUGUCAAAAGAACUCUGCAACCCUCCACGGCGGAGGUCAAACCAAGGCUAAUGCCAAAAAGUACGGUGAUGGUAACCGCAAGAAAUGGGGUUACGAUAAGGACCCUUGCAAGAAGAAGGGUUGGGCUUGGAAGGGAGGCAACUCCCCUGACGAGUAUCCUUAUGCAUCCUCCAAAGAGGGAGGUCAAAGUGACUUCGCCAAGAAGGUUGCUCUUCGAUGCGUGCCUGGUAAAGAGCAGCAGAGACAAGGACGCAAGGUUAGAGGUAUUGCUACUAGUAAGAACGGGGAGCAAUGGAACACAAAGUGGGACAAGAUCAGCAAGCUCUCCGAAGACUGGUGUGGUCCAAAGCCCAAGUGCCAGAACGAUGGUCACCAGUUUGUGUCUGGCGGCCCUAAUGGCCCUUGGACGUUGGCUGCCAGCCCCAAGGUUGUUCGUGACAUCGGGUCGUAUUCUGAAGAUGGGGAUAGCGCUUGGGUCUCAAGCCGUGAUAUUCCUGACGAUGUUGAACUUCCGGAGGACUUUGACGAGGAUGAUGGUGAGGUGGAGGCUCGAGAUGUUGAUGGAGAGGAUGACCUCGAGAUUGAGGACGAUGAAUAG